AUGGAGGAGAGGAGAGAGGAGCAGACGGGCUUCUCCGUCAGAGUGUUCACUCUGCAGGAGGAGGCGAGGGGAGAAGAGGAGCACAUGGAGGAGCACGGGGAGGAGGUGAGUGAGGAGCAGCAGGUGAGAGUCUGCAGACAGAGAGGAGAGGAGGAGCUCACUGUGCUCCUCAGGUCAGGACCGGAGGGUCAGCAGGUCACUGUGCAGGAUGCCGGCAGAGCGUCAGUCUAUCAGUUCUCAGUCUCCUCAGAGUCCGAGCUCUGUCAGGUUGGAGGUCAGUCUCUCGUGGUCACCGUGGACGAGCUGAGUCUGCUGCUGAGGUUUGAAGCACCCUCAGAUCUGAAGAAUUUCCAGAAGUUACUGAGGAGAGAGACGGGUGAGGAGAUGAGGAGGGGAGGAGAGGAUGGAGGACAUGAGGAUGCACGGAGGAUGCAUGAUGCACCUGCACAGAACUAUCAGUUCCACAGCUGUCUGUCCCAGCAGCAGAGCCUCCUCCGGGAGUACCCGAGGAUCGCCACCUACCACAGAGCCAUACUCGACAACGAGGCCGACUUCAAAGACAAGGUGGUUCUGGAUCUGCGUUGUGGUUCUGCCAUCCUCUCCUUCUUUGCAGUCCAGGCUGGAGCCAGCAGAGUGUAUGCAGUGGAGUCCAGACCCAUGUCCAGGUUCUCACAGAUCCUGGUCCAGAGCAACAGUCUGUCUGAGCGGAUAAGGGUCCUGGAUCGGGCUCUGGAGGAGUUCAUCUGUCCUGAGAUGGUAGACGUCAUCAUGAGCGAGCCAAUGGGAUACAUGCUGCUUGGUGACAGGUUCCUGCAGAGCUUCCUGCGGGCCAGGAAGUACCUGAAAUCUAACGGUCUGAUGUUUCCCUCCUGUGCUGAUAUUCAUCUGGCUCCCUUCACUGACGAGCAGCUCUACUUCGAACACCACGCACGAGCUACUUUCUGGCAGCAGACCAACUUCUUCGGGGUGAACCUGAGCGGUCUACAUGGGGCCGCAGUGGACGAGUUCUUCAGGCAGCCCAUCGUGGACUCGUUCGAUGUUCAGAUCCUCAUGGCCAGAUCCAUCAAACACAGGAUCAACUUCAAGGAAGCUACAGAGGAGGAAUUACUCAGGGUUGAGAUCCCCUUCGUGUUCUCUCUGCUGCAGCCCGGUCUCAUUCAUGGGCUCGCCUUCUGGUUCGAUGUGGCCUACCAGGGCUCCAGGUCAACACUGUGGCUCUCCACCUCUCCCUCUGAGCCGCCCACCUGCUGGUCUCAGGUCCGGUGUUUGCUGCAGACGCCGCUCUUUGCUAAGCUGGGACAGACUCUCUCAGGGACGGUGCUGAUGGUCGCUAACAGCAGGCAGAGUUACGACAUCCACAUCACAGCCACAGUCGACCAAUCAGGAUUCAGAUCUGGAAACAUCCUGGACUUGAAGAACCCUUUCCUCAGGGUACCGACCUGGUUCCACUGCUGAUGGAUUCAAGGUGACCUCUCUCCUCCUGGGUACACACAGAGGAGUCAUCAGACGUCAAACUCCUCACUUCAGGACUCUGAGCCAAAGAUAAAAACAUCCUUUUAGUAUUCACUUUAUGAACUUUAAUACUUUUUAUAUUACAGAAUGGAA